AGGAUCUUACUGGGAUUGAGGAUAUGGUGAGAUGUCGCAACAUUUUGGAUCAGCAUGACUGGAAUAUUGAGACUGCUGUUCAAGACACGUUGAAUGUAUCUGAAGGUCGACCAACGGUCUACAAUAGGACCACACAGGCAAGCCAGCAAACGGUACGCACACCGGAGGUCAAUAUGAACCCGUCAGAUCAAAGGAUAUUCACAGUUGCAAGGCCUUCUUCCUCGUGGUUCCAGUGGAGUUACAUGAUGAUCCUCUUCCCCUUCCGCUUUUUCUAUUCCACAAUUUUCGACGUCGUUCGGUGGACACUGAGGUUGAUUUGGCCCGACCCCAGGCGUAUUGUUACAGAUCCACGCGGGGACGUCUUAUCGUUCAUCGCGUCGUACGAGGAGAGAUACGGAGCAGCUCAUCCAGAAUUCUACAGGGGAAGUUAUAGUGAGGCAUUAAGUGAUGCCAAGAGAGACCUUAAGUUUUUAUUAGUAUAUCUCCAUGGCAACGAUCAUCAAGACACUGAUCAGUUUUGUAGAGAUACCUUAGGUAACACUGAAGUCAUAGAGUUUAUCAAUGGUAGUCUUAUAUUUUGGGCUGCGUCUGUCAACUCUCCUGAAGGGUAUAGAGUAUCAUUAGCACUUCGAGAGAACACCUACCCCUUCCUAGCCCUCAUCGUCCUACGGGACAACAAGAUGACGGUGGUGCUGAGGAUAGAGGGCGCCGUCAGCGGGGAAUCGUUGAUAGAGCGGGUCCAACGAACGAUGAGCGAGACGGAGGGUUAUUUGGUGGCCAUGAGGAUGGAGCGGCAGGAACGAAACCUUGCCAACACACUGAGACAGGAGCAAGAUGAAGCCUAUCGGGAAUCCCUUCGACAAGAUCAAGAAAAGGCAAGGAAGAAGAGGGAAGAGGAAGAGGAGAAGAGCAAGCAAGAGCAAGAGGAAAGAGAACUGGAGGAAGAGAAGCAAAAACAAAUUGAGGAGAGAGCAAAACGUAGGAUAGAGAAAGCUUCUCUCCUGCCGGAUGAGCCAGAUGCUAGUAGCCCUGAUGCUGUUAAGAUUCUUUUCAAACUUCCCAACGGCAGGCGACUAGAACGGAGCUUCCUGAAGACUUGCUCAUUAGAGGUCCUGUAUGAUUAUGUAUUUGUCCAAGAUGAAGUGCCAGACGAGUUCCAGCUCCAAACGAACUACCCUCGCCGGGUACUCCAAUGCUUACCCACCGAGGAAAAUGAAAUGGUGCCCUCUAUAGGCGAUGCAGGUUUGAACCAUCGUGAAAUGUUAUAUGUUCAGGAUAUAAGUGAUUAAAACAGCUUGGGGUGUGAUAUGCCGGAACAAGCUAUCUUGGAUGAUCAUUGUGAAGACCGACCUCCACGCGUCACAUGGAGCCAAGAGGUACUAAGCAAGGAUAUCAAAGCCAACAAUGUUGCCUGUUUUUAUCCGGCAUAUCGGCCGUACUCCAAAUUUGCCGACUGUCACCGUGAAAUGCAUUAAUUUACAGUUGUAGCUGAGGAGUGAAGGCUGCUUUGACCUGGGGAGUAUUGCAACUUAGUACCAGUGGCAUAUUAAAGGCAGGGAUGCAAGGAACACGCCCCUCUAUGUUAUAAUCCAUUAUGCAAGGAUAUUGAUAAAGAUAAAUCUAAAAUAGUAAUCUGCACUCCUCAUUUUUUUUCUUCAAAAUACUGGUACCGCUGGCACUGUCAGUACUGUGUACUUAUUCUGCGUCAAAACGAGUAUAAGCCGUUGAGUGAUCAUUGCAGAGUGCUUAAUGUUGAGCGCUCAUACAUGAAUGAAAGGGGUGAAAUAAGUCUGUCUUUUGGUGCUUGGAAAUGGAUGUGAUGGUAGUGGAAUAUAGUGGAAUGUUAAUUUAAAUGUUAUUUUCUUCUGAACAGUAGCUAAAGGAUAAAGGCCCAUAUUCUGAACCCGGGUUUAAAUUAAACCCUGGUUUAAAGUUGUGGUUUAUCUAUGGAGAGCCAAUUGGAGUACAAAUCCUUAACAAUACACAUUCAAUUUAUUAACUCAUUUGACACCCAAAUUGUUCAUAAUUGUCUGGGAAUGAUAACUGAAGUAUUAUUCUUCAUUAUGAAAGCAAAAGGAAACAAAAAAGCAAACAUAAGAAAAGUACAAUAUAAACAGAAUUUUUGAACUUUUGGCUCUCCAUAAAUUUAGCACACAGUUUGACCGUGGUCUAAUUCAAACCUGACUUCAGAAUACGGGCCAAAGAGUUUAGUGGGACUGUCUUGGAGUGUCUUUGAGUGAUUGCAUAGAUGAAAUAGAGAUGGUUUGCCUGGAUCUGGGUCCCAUAACACAAAGAUUAGUAAUUAAUCUUACGUUUGAUCCUUGCGAUUGAUUGUACAUUGUAGUCAAUGCAAUCAAUUGCCAGAAAUAUGCUACGGUGAUUGCUAACAUUUUGUGUUACGGGCCCCUGGUAUCAUUGAUACUUUAAAUCAAUGAUAUGCUCGAUUUUCUUGAUUGAUUUUGCUCUCAGCCGAUCAGAUUGUUCGAUUUCAGGAUCUAAUGAUCUUAAGUUCAUAGCUUGCCAUAGAUAGAUUUUACAAUGAGAAUAUUAUGAUAAUAAUAAUCCAUAUUUUAUUUGAAAUAGAGAUCAGGAAUAGAAACCCUCCCAAAAUUCAUUUUGCCCAAUUGAUCAUGGGCCCGGCAGCCACUGAGCAACGCCAGAUCCUAUCUUUUAAUGUUUUCUGUUGAACACCCUUCCUGGUUGUGAAGCGGACGCUCUACCAUCUGAGCCACCACAUCGGUGUUGCAGCAUCCAGAUGUCACAGCAAUGUUUGUUCUGAAGUAAAAUCAUUAGAAUCUGCAUGAAUUAUUGACUCCUCCAAAGAAAUUCACCUCCUUAAUAAGCCAGUUCAGAGUCCCAUUCUGUGCAUGAUCAGAAGAAUGUCAUUUGUACUCAAGUGACAUGGUGGUUUAAUUUUCAAUGAGAUAAGCACAGACUCUGAUGAAUUGAUCAUUCAUAUAUUCUUUUGAAUUGUGCUUUUGAUUAGAUCCACAAAAAACAACAAUGCAUCCACUAGCGACGGGUUUUCCAUAGUAGGCCAAGUACAUUGUCAUAAUGCAUUCAAAGUAGGAAUGUAACUAAUGCCUUCAUAGAGUGUUCAAUGGUGUGUUAUUCUACCGCCCUUUCACACGCUACCGAAAUCGUUAUUUGAAUGAUGAUUCCAGUGAAAAAUAAUUCUAAUGACAAAAUUUUAACACGUGUGAAUCCAAACUAGAAUCACGAACGCUAAUCACAAUCAUGAAUUCAAAUUCUACUCCAGAGGUAAACUCCAGUUCAGUUUCACUCAAAUUAUGGUACAAAUUUUAAGUCUGAAAGGGUUGACCUCCAAAACAUCUUUUGAGGGGCGGAGCUUACGUGACCUUUCAAGCACUUUCGUAGAUAAUAUAAUUGUCAUGCUCUCAUCGUAGUUUCCUUUUUGCGAUGCAGUGCUUUGAUUGGGUUUGAUUGACAAGUCACCAAGGACACAAUACUGCCUUCGCUCAGGAAUUCGAAUUCAAAUCACAGUUUUCGAGUGAACGUGUGAAUGGUACAAUGAUUCUAAAGACGAAUUGCAAUCAUCAUCACAAUGAUGAUUCAAGAUUCUCGUGUGAAAAGGCCCCUAGUCACCUGGUCUUUGCAAUUUCUGCAUUCUGCUAUGUAAGGCAUGCUUACGUAAUAUCUUGCUUUGAAAUCUGCCUAUCAUAAUGAAAGAAAUGAAAGGUCAUUUGACCAAAAUUGCCCAUGGGGUAACUCCGAACUGGUCUAUUCAAACACCCCACCCUCCUAUGAUGACCAAACUUGACAUAAUACAGGGCAGACAGCAACCUAUGACCUAGGCAUUGUCUGCAGCUAUUGUCUGAGGCCCAUAUUCUGAACUUGGGUUUAAAUUAAACCCUGGUUUAAAGUUGUGGUUUAACUAUGGAGAACCAAUUGGGGCAGAAAUCCCUAACAGUAAACGUUCAAUUCAUUAACUCAUAUGACAUCCACAUAUUUAUAUUUGUCGAGGAAUGAUAACUUAGAUAUUUUUCUGAAAGCAAAAGGAAACAAAAUAGUAAACAUAAGAAAUAUACAAUAUAAACACAAUUUCUGAAUUUUUGGCUCCCCAUAAUUUUAACACAGAGUUAGACCGUGGUCUAAGUUAAACCUGACUUCAGAAUACGGGCCUUUGUGUUUACGGGUCUAAGUAUGCGGUUACCCGAAACAUCUGAUUCAGAAGAUUGUGAGCAGUGGCUGCUUACUCCUGUAUAACUUUAGUCAUUUUCUUUUUAUCAAAGAAUGUCCAGUCACAGUGGCAGUUUUUCAUACAAAGAACAAAUCUUGAUCGAUAAAAUAAUUAACAACUGAAAGCAAGACAGGAAUGUAUAGACUGGCUGAUUCGCAGCCGCAUUUUGUAGUCUUGUGCAUCAGAUGUAUUGCUUAUAAAUAGAAGAGAUGAGAUAUGAUGCAUCGCUUAUAAUUAGUCUAACAGCUUAGAUAAAGCCGUAGCCUGCGAGGCAGACAGAAAAUAUCUCUGAUAAAAUUAGGAUAGGUAAAUAUCCGUAUCCCUCUUUUUUUUUCCAUAUUUUUAUUAAAAAGAACAGUAAAGGGGUGUUCUUUCUUCACGGAUUGUGAGCAUAGAUGGUUGUGCAUCAGUCGCUUUACCUCUGACCAAUGGUGUACCCCAGGGCUCUUUGACUUGCACAGUACAUGUUUAAGCAUAAUUUAUAAUGACUUGUGACAUAAUGGACUCGUGAAACUUGACUCGUGAUGACAUCAUUAUGAUGUCAUGGUGAUGUCAUCUAUUUUCUAUUUGUAUACAUAACUUUUUACUCGAAAUGUACAAUGGGGAUUUGAUUAGACAAAUCUGGCCAUUUGCCUUACCAUGCCUGGUGGUUGUUUCAUAAAGCUGUUCGUAAGAUACGAAUGACUUUACGCACGACUGGUAACCCUUUCUCAUGCCAAGUGAUAUAUACCUAUGCAAUUGAGUAAGUUUGAGCGUAAAGUUGUGCGUAAUUUUACGAACAGCUUUAUGAAACACCCACAUGUGUUUCAUAAUAUUGUUUAUAAGUUACAAACGGCUUUAUGAACGACCGGUGAUCCAUUCUUAUGGUAAAUGAUAUACACCAAAUGUUCAUUGGUGUUGGUUUAGCGCUGAAGAAAGGACCAUCAGUCAUUUGUAAAACUUGUAAUUUAUGAACAGUUUUAUGACACUCCAACCAGAAUAUUAAAAAGAAGCAUUGAUAUGUUGCUUCUUGUCUUGACACGGCUCAUUAACUUUAUCAAAUAUUUCAGACAAGGGCCCCGUCUUACAAAGAUUUGCAAUUGAUCCAAUCAACUACAACUAUGGAAAGCCAUCAAUGUCCACAUCUCAACUGCAUGUUUGUUCCAAAUAUAUUCUAGAUAUGUUUAUUCAAACAUUCAUCAUUUUCUUGAAAAUUCAGUGUGCUUCUCUAUGUUUACCAAGGACAUUGUGCAAAUUUCCUAAAGAAAACAAAUUCUAACAUUGAUGGAUUUGCAUAUAGUUGAGGUUGAUUGGAUCAAUUGUAACUCUUUGUAAGACAGGGCCCAGGUUAUGUAAAACUUAAAUUAUUUGCAAUUGAUCUUAAUUACAUGUACCUCUCUCUUACACUUCAAAGUUUUUGACUUGUAAUAGCUAAUUAUCAUCAAAAUUUUCAACAAAAAUAGUUUUUUGUAGUGUAGAGUGGUUAUACAAAGGCAAACUCGCUCUUGCUUCAUUCUCACGAUUUUAGUGACAUUUGAAUCACCAAAUGAUACUCCACAAAUUAGACUGACUUAUUGGAUCAUAUCUGUCAGGAUAAAUACCAACUGUAAAGUGGGAUAGUCCAAGUGGGUGUUUCAUAAAGCUUUUGAAGUUACAAGUGACUUAAUGAAUGACUGGUGACCCUUAGGAACUAAAUCAUUGUGAAUGGAAAUCUUGGGUGUAUCACUUGCCACAAGAAAGGAUCACCACUCUUUCGUAAAAUCGCUUGUAACUUCUGAACAGCUUUAUGAAACACCCACCUGGUUCGUGUAUACAGUCCGUGUAAUGCUACACUUUUUAAUGAGCUGUUGAAAUCAUGUUUCUUCAUAAUAUGAAGGAGAUUUUGUUCAAAUUAAAAGAUGUUCUACUCUCUUCUCUAUCAGAUGCCACCAAACAGACUACUUUUUGUUCAUGCUUAACAGAAUCCUUACCUGUUUUUUGUUCAGUUUUCAGUUCAUAUAUACUGUAUAUAUAUAUACAGCUGAGGCUAAGUGAAUAUUUCUUCAUUUCGUUUCCAUUUACUUUACUCAUUUUUAUGUCUGUUAGGACAUACACUGAUAUUAUCUGAGUUCAGGCAAAAAUUGAAAAUUGUAAUUAUGGUAAAGAGAAUGCAUCAUUCAACUUGCAUUAAUUUUGUUCAAAGUCAUUAAAAACUUGUUUUAUAGGAAAGAUUUUAUCGCAAUCCUUCUUCAGGCUGAGCUUGAGGUGUUUAAAUGAUGUCAUGUAUGAGCACAUCUAUGAUGUAGGAAAUCUGCAAAAUCUAGAUAGCUAUAUCUUCAAUUUUAAUAGUCCACUUUAUCAAUGUGUAAUUCUACACUUCCUGUUUGCUCAGGUAUGGAAAAAAAUAGCCUUUUUGGUGUCAUCAAAUAGGGACGGCAUGAGAGCAUCUACCAAUACUGAAAAAUCUUCAUAUUUUGAAAUGUGGUUUUGACGGCUUUUCACAAAAUGUAACACUUAUACUGUCUCUAAUUUAUUUUGUGUAUGUGUGUCUUUAGUUUAUUGUAUCUUUAAUAUAUGUAUAGGUUGAUAAUACAUGAUUAUUUUGUGCAAAUUAAAGGAAAUUAGAAUUGACAUAUGAUAUAGGUGAAUGAAGUUUAAUGAUUUGAUUUUUAUUCUCUUUUUGAAGGGAAUACAUAUUUGUUUUUAUCUAAAAAUGGGCCUUCACAAAGUACAAGUAUGAAUAAUUACUAGAUUUUGUUUACAAAAAUGUAAUUUAUGAUAACAGAUUUUUUGCAAUCUGGGGUAUUGAAUGAAAAUUGAGAUAUGGAAGCUCAAUAAAAAGUUUGGACAGUAUAAAGUUGAAUAAACUCAGGCUAGUAAAUUGAUUUGGAUUCUCGCAUUUCUUUGCAAAAGUAGGUCUUAGUUUCUUUAUGUGUCGUCAUUGUUUUUUCUAAAUAUGUGUAAUGCUCAAUCAUUUCAAAAUGCAAUAAUAGAUUACUUUUUGUUGAUUAGUCUCAGAAUGUUUUCAAUUGUUUCUAUGAAGCUAAAAUCACAAAUCACAAUGGAAAUGCAAAGUACAAUUACUUCAGGAAAGUAGUAAUGACUAAUGAUAAUUAUGUAAGAUUAUAUGCACAUCCUUUCAGCCGAGUGUUCAACGAGAUUAGUGUCAUCAUUAGCUUUCCAUAAAUCUUGGCUGCUGUCCCAGCACAAAACCAUUUCAA